GAGAGAGGAGAGAGAGAGAGAGAGCUGGAAGAACGCAAACGAAAGCUUGUUGAGGAGGAAAGAAGCAAAGCCUGUGACCAACUAAAGGCAAAGGUUAGUUAGCUGCUUCUCGUUCCCCUCGUGUUCUCUCUCUCUCUCUCUAUCUCUCUCUCUAUCUCUCUCAUGAGAGAGAAAACAGAAAAGCUCUCAAAUACUUUCUCCAUUUCCUCACACUUCGAUCCACCGACCACUCCAUUGAAUGCUCGUUAGAUCCAAGUGUUUGGCGCAUUAAUUCACUUCCAAAAUCGUUCAUUUUGCCAGUCUUUUUCGCAAUUCGGGAUCUUAGUGAAGUCUUUGACGCCGUUUGACUCCAUUUACAGUAGUUGGGUUUUUAUUCCGGUUUGUUGAAGCUUCAGUUUAUCGUAGGGAGUCAUGUUUUCGGAAUGCAAGUACGCAUCAGUUUUUAUUUGAGGAUGAUUUAGCGAGUUGAUUAAUGCUGGAAGCCAGUGCUUGAUAUUACUGGUGUUUUCCAUCGGUGCUUGGGAUUCCAUUCAAGUUCUUCGAUUUCUGCCGGAAGUUCUUAAAUCGCUGUCAGCUUCUCACGUUGUGGGACAAGUUACUCCGAUUUUGAGUCAAGAAUAGAUACUCAAUACAUUUGCUUACCGGGGGCCUUCGUGGUGACUGAGGGGGUUGAAGGGUGAUUUCACUAUAUUUCUUACCAGGAAAAGGGCCUUUAGAGGAAUAAUAUUUUCAUUAGAUUGAUAGCUCUGAAAAGGCAAAUUGGCUAUCUUGCUUUUAUUUGGGUUGCAUGGAAGGUUUGGAUAGAUAAUUACUGUCUGGUGAAUUAGAGAGGCAGAGAUGCCUCCUUCGCCAGCAAGGAGAAGUUCUCCCGGAAGGGAGCUCGGAGGGGACAACCACAAAAGGGGGCGCAGUCUCGAGCCCAGAAUACUCCUCAGGGAGAGGGAUGAUGAUCUUGCUCUCUUCAAUGAGAUGCAGACCAGAGAAAGAGAGAGUUUCUUGCUUAAGUCAAAUGAUGAUUUUGAAGACACAUUCUCCACAAGAUUGAGAUACUUUUCGGAUCCUAAGCUUGGAAUCUCCAUUCCUGCGCGUGGCGAGAGUACUGACCUGCUUAAUGCAGAUGGGGAAAAGAAUGACUAUGAUUGGUUAUUAACUCCUCCCGACACCCCUCUCUUUCCUUCUUUGGAUGAUGAAGCACGUCCAGUUACACUUAUCCAGAGGGGACGGCCUCGAAGUCAACCCAUCGCGAUCUCAAGAUCAUCCACGAUGGAGAAGGGUCGCAGAAGUAGUAGAGGUAGUGCAAGUCCAAAUCGCUUAAGCCCAUCUCCUCGGUCCGGGGACAGCCCUUCCCAGACUGGGGGAAGGCCAUCUUCAGCUCCCCAUUCGAAUCCAACUCCUAGUUUACGCCCCACUACCCCAUCAAGAGGACCAUCUCCCCAACCUAGUAAACCAUCAACAGCAACUACUCGGAGAAUGAGCACAGGGUCUACUGCUAUAUCCUCAUCUAGGGCAAGGGGUACCUCCCCCUUGCCGACAAGUCGGGGUACCUCCCCUGUGCCGACAAGUCGAGGUAACUCAGCCUCACCAAAAAUAAGUGCAUGGCAAACAAAUAUUCCAGGUUUUUCCUCAGAAGCACCUCCUAAUCUACGUACUUCGUUGGCUGAUCGACCGGCAUCAUAUGUGAGGGGCUCCUCACCAGCAUCCAGAAAUGGUAGGGAUUUAUCAUCUCGAUCUAGCAGGCAGUCAAUGUCUCCAACUCCUUCUAGAAGCUCUGGCAGACAUUCAAUGUCUCCAACUCCUAGAAGCAUCAGUUCAUCGCAUAGUCAUGAUAGGGACGUAAUGAGCUCCCACGGUAAAGUUUCUGUGGCAUCAUCUGGUGAUGAUGAUGUAGAGUCUCUACAAUCUGUUUCUAUGGGUAGCACAGGCCGCCUAACUUCAAGAAGAGUUGGUGCCUUUCCAAGUAAUAAAUCUCCAGCCUCAUCCAAGAAGCCAAAUAAAGUGAUGCUCUCAAGUUCUGCUCCAAAAAGAUCCUUUGACUCAGCCCUUCGACAAAUGGACCAUCGGAAAAGCCCUCAGAAUAUGUUCAGGCCACUUUUAUCAAGUGUACCCAGUUCCUCCUUUUAUGUUGGAAAAGCAAGUGCAGCACAUCGCGCUAUGAUAUCCAGGAAUUCCUCAGUCACAACCAGCAGUAAUGCAAGUUCUGAUCAAGGUACAAGUGGGGCACAUGAUACUGAAGGAAGCGACCAUAACCCGGACAAUAUGACUCCUGAAUGGGGACAGACACCGUAUCUUGAUGUUCAAGAUGAUGUAUUUCCAUUUGAGAAGGCCGAUGCUCUAACUGAAGAUAUCAGUCAUGGAGCCCACGAUCAAUCUCCGGAUGAUCAGCAUGAUGAAUUCAGUGGAGGUGCUAGAAUUGAAUCUCAACUUGGUGGCUCUGAAAACUUGAACACCCAUAUCACUGCCUCGGCAAUCACUGCACCUUCUAAAGUAUCUGAGCUGUUGGAGGUCAAGGGUAACUUUCCAGAAGUCGACUAUGUUGAAGAUAUGUCCAUCUGUUAUAAGUGUGGCCAUAUGUAUCAUGCUGUUGAAUUAACAGAGGGGGACUUGAAACUUUGCUCAGACUGCAGGAGUUCAGACGAACCUUUGACUACCACAACUCCAGAGCCAAACAUAGUAGUUUUCGAUAACUCCCCAAGUCUGUCUACAAGGAUUGCAGGUAGAGAUAAGUCAUUUGAUAAUAUGGAGCCCGUGAUUGUUAUCCCAGAAUCUUUGGAAGCAACUAAUAUGGCUGAACCAAGUGUUACUCAUCACGAGGAGAAUUUUCGAGAACAACCUGGCCUGGUUUUAGCAUCAGAAAAAUCUCUUGUGCAAACACUGGAAGGGGAAGCUAUGUCUAGGCAAGAAAACCUGGAAGUGAUUGGCCAACCAAUUGUAGAAUACAACUCAACGGACAGCAACACUGGGUCUCAGCAAAUGCAGCGACUAAGUAACCAUGCAAAUUCAGAGCUUGAUGUUUCGGAAGGCCAUGGCAUUUCUGUAUUGUUGAUGAGGUCAAGCAGUGUCAAGGGGCCUGUUCUCCGGGGUCGAACUUUUAGUGCGGCUAGCAUUCCCUACGAUGAUCCAUCCUAUGUGAGGGACAGUGCAACAAGCAUGAGAAGCUCCCAUGGGCAUGGUAGUGUCUCUGCAUCUUCCUCUGUGGACUUGGGCUCAGCUAGGCUAAUAGAGACUCGUGUGCAGCGGCAGUUGAGUAGCAGAAAAUCUGAAACUGUAACAAACCCAAAGCACCAACGCACAGGUUCAUCUCUUUCUGGAACUUCAAGCCAUGCUUUCCAAGGAUUGGGUCUUGGAAAGAGCAUGCAUGAAGAGAAAAUGGAGGUUGAUGUUGCACAUGUUGAAAAUGAGGUUGUAAAUGUAACCCAUGCUGCUAUUCAAGAGCAGUUGGUGGUUUCACGAAGUGGAGGAAAAGAUAAUACAUGUGCUGAAGUUGAAUGCGACAAUUUCUGUGGAACAAUGACUGCUGCCUCUGAAUUGUCCACGCAUGCCCUAAACACCCAUUCAAGGGAGAGUUCAGUUGCUUCCAUCGCAAAUGUUGAAAAUUAUGGUUCGUGUGGGAAGGGUGAAGAGUUCCCAAAUGGGUUGAGGAGUAUUUUGGAUCAAGAAGCAUCAGCUCUGACUCCAGAGUCUUCUACAGUAGAAGAAGAUAGGGCUCAAAUAAAAAGAAGUGUGGAGGAGAAGCCAAAUUCCAUUGUUGAUAAGGGGGAUGUUUCAGAUGUUCCCACUCAGAGCUUACAAGAUAUACUAUCCGAUAUAGAAAUUGACAAUGAUCGUCUGGAUUCAGUCGGUUCUCAGUCCGAUGUUGUCUCCACGGAUUCAGUGAACACCAUGGAUGAGUUACUGGAUCCUUGGCAUGUUGAAGAGCUUGGCAGUGAUGCUCAUGGAAUCCUUGAGGAAUCAGCUGUUACAACAGUUGAGGGCCAAGGUGGUACCGUGACAAGAAGCCUGUCAGUGGAUGAAGAUACUCUUCUCUUCUGCAGCGCUAUCAUCGAAAAUCUGGCUUAUGAAGCUGCAACCCUGGCAAUGGAGAAGGAAAACACGGUCCCAAUGGAGGACUCACGGCCAAUGGUUACGAUAUUGGGAAAUUCUAAUUCUGAAUUAAAUGAUCGACGUAGCAGAUCAAACGGAAAACAAACUUCAAAAUCUCAAAAAGUGAGGCAGAAGCGGGUGGAAACAAAAACGAAACUAUCUGCUGACGAGAAUGAAAAUGCUGAGCAAGUAGAUGUAUCAACUACCCGUAUCGUUGGGGCCCCAAAAAGGGGCGAUACUAUGAAUCCUCCAAAGAUAGAAUCCAAGUGUAAUUGCACCGUGAUGUGAAACUCUUCUACUGAGAUGAUGCUAAUUGCGUUUUUCCUUUUGAUUUUGGGGGGCUGUUUCUACGGUGUUUUAGAUUUGCUGAAUAUAUUUGUAAGAAUCACCACGGUUGUAUUGGCGAGAUGAUCAUUGUAAAGUUCUUAUUUUUAUUAGGUUGAGGCAUUUGGGGUUUGUGACUUCUCCAAUUGCCCUAUUCUUCUGGGUAAAUUUGUAUUAGUUUCUGUUUCUCCAAUAGAGAGAGUGUAUUCUUUUCCUGUGGUGCUGUUAGAGAAGCGUGAUUUUGUUCA